ACCCGUAGUCGAGAUCGAACCCGGGUCUCUGGCGCUGCAUUUUGCUGUAAGGCAGCAACUCUACCGCUGCGCCACCGUAACACACUGCCGAUCCUCAAAGAAGUGCAUACAUGGAUUCACUGCCCAAUAGACAGUGUGACCAGCAGAUGAAGGAACUGCAGAUGUUGAUGUACCAAAAGAGGACACAAGUGCUGGAGUAACGGAGCUGGUUAGAAGAAGGAUCGCGACCCAAAACAUCAUAUGUUCCAUGUGGUGCAACGAGCAGAGGAUUUGUGUACACGAAUAUCAAACUCAACCCAUCGCAUUUGCAGUGACUUUCAGUUUACCUGCAUCUGAAUGCGUGGGAGGGAUUCACUGUGUCAGCUGAGCCGACGAGACGCCAGAGAGUUUAAGGCAUGGAGAAACUAUCCAACUGCUCUGAGGGUGGGCAAGGAUUCAGUCAAUCUUCCCACCUGUUGACAUGCCAGCAAGUUCACGCUGUGGAAAAACAAUUUGCCUGUCCCGAUUGUGGGAAGGGAUUCGCUCAAGCAUGCCGCCUGAAAAGACACCAGCUAAUUCACACCGGCGAGAAGCCGUUUACCUGUCCUGAGUGCGGGAAGGGAUUUACUCAGCUGGCCAACAUGAUGACACAUCAGCGAGUUCACACUGGGGAGAGGCCUUUCACCUGCUCUGAGUGUGGGCAGCGAUUCACUAAGUUGUCGAACAUGAUGACACAUCAGAGAAUUCACACCGGGGAGAGGCCAUUCACCUGCUCUGAGUGUGGGCUGGGAUUUACUCAGUUGUCCAACAUGAUAACGCAUCAGCGAGUUCACACUGGGGAGAGGCCGUUCACUUGCUCUUUGUGUGGGCAGGAAUUCACUCAAUCAUCCAAUCUGGUGGCUCAUCAGCGAGUUCACGCUGUGGAGAAGCCGUUUGCAUGUCCCGAUUGUGGGAAGGGAUUCACUUAUAAGUGCCGCUUGAAGAGGCACCAACGAGUUCACACCGGGGAGAGGCCAUUCCCCUGCUCUGAGUGUGGGAAGGGAUUCACUCAGUCAUCUGCGUUACUGAGACACCAGAGAAUUCACACCGGAGAGAGGCCGUUCACCUGCUCCGAGUGUGGGAAGGGAUUCACACAAUCAUCUUUCCUGAUGACCCACCAGCGAGUUCACGCUGUGGAGAAACGAUUUGUCUCUCCUGAAUGUGCGGAGGCUUUCGUACAUUUACUUGUUCCAUCUGGCCUGAUGACGCACCAGCGAAUUCAAACCAGGGAGAGGCAUUUUGCCUGCCCUGAGUGCGGGAAGGGAUUUGCACGAUCGUCCCACCUGCUGACGCACCAGCUCGUUCACACUGGCGAGAGGCCGUUCACCUGCACCGAGUGCGGGAAGACAUUCACCCGGUCGUCCAGCCUGAUGAGGCACCAGCAGUUCCACACCGGGGAGAGGCUGUUCACCUGCUCUGAGUGCGGGAAGGGGUUCGCUCAGUCGUCCCACCUGGUGAGGCACCAGCGGGUUCACACCGGGGAGAGGCCGUUCACCUGCUCCGAGUGCGGCGAGAGGUUCACCCAGUCAUCCAGCCUCAUGACGCACCAACGCGUCCACACCGGGGAGCGGCCAUACAUCUGCUCCGAGUGCGGGAAGAGUUUUGCUCGAUCGUCCAGCCUGCUGAUACACCAGCAGGUCCACACCGGGGAGAGGCCGUACACCUGCUCUGAGUGCGGGAAGGGAUACUGUCGAUCCUCGGAGCUGCUGAUCCACCAGCAGAUUCACACCGGAGAGCGGCCGUUCUCCUGCCCCAUGUGCGGGAAGAGGUUUGCCCGUUCGUCCAAUCUGCUGAUACACCAGCGGAUUCACACGGGGGAGAGGCCGUUCACCUGCUCUGAGUGUGGGAGGGGGUUCGUUCAGUCGUCUCAGCUGCUGAAACACCGGCGUGUUCACACUGGGGAGAGGCCGUUCACCUGCUCCGUGUGUGGGAAGGGGUUUGCCCGGUCGUCCCAGCUACUGACGCACCGGCUGAUUCACACCAGGGAUGAUUCGCCCGCUCUGUGGGAUGGGAUUCACGCCGAGGGGAAAGGUUAAAAACAGUGGAUGUUCAACCAAUACUGCUGCUGAAACCAAACUAGUUCACAAGUGACGGCUUUGUUGGAAUCUGCUGUUACCGCUGCUGCUCAUCACACCCAGGGCUGAACCCUGGUCAUUGGGCACUGGUGGCGUAGCUGGGACGUCCAAGCAAACCCCUUCGCACACACGGAUCAGCUGAACGAUGUCACCUUCAGCUGCUGUUAGUAACUCCUAUAACUGGGCUGGAGCUUAAUAUUAUAGAUCUAGUCUUUUAGUUUUCGUUUUAGAAAUACAGCGUGGAAACAGGCUCUUCGGCACACAGGGUCUGCGCCGACCAACGAUCCCCGCACAUUAACACUAUCCUACACCCA